CGGACCGGAGGGCACUGAGGGCAGGGACACAGGGGGAGGGGGGAAACUGGGACAAAGGUGACAGUGACAGGAGCGGCGGAGCUGGCUGCGGGAGACACCUGGUCUCACGGCGGACUCUGCUGACUAGACGCGACGAUGGCUCGCCUGCUGGCUAGCGGCGGUUUCUGGAGAGGAGGCUCCUCGCCUGCCCCCGUGUCUGUAUUCCUCAGGGCGUACGCGUCUGCAAGCGGUGACACUGAGUACUUACACAGAAGCAUCGUCCCUACCAUGCACUUCCAGAAGAGUUUACCCAGGCUGCCAGUCCCUAAGCUAGAAGACAGUAUAAGACGAUACUUGAACGCACAAAAGCCUCUGCUAGACGAUGACCAAUUCAGGAGGACUGAGCAGCUGGCGCAGGCGUUUCAGAGCGGGGAGGGUAAACAGCUGCACGAGGAGUUGGUGCUCCAAGACAAGCAGAACAAACAGACCAGCUAUAUUUCCGGUCCUUGGUUUGAUAUGUAUCUCUGUGCCCGGGAAUCCAUUGUGCUUAAUUAUAACCCCUUCAUGUCCUUCACCCCUGACCCGAGGCCUGAGUAUAACGACCAGCUUCUCCGAGCCACCAAUAUCACCGUGUCUGCUAUGCGUUUGCUAAAGACCAUUCGAGCUGGACAUCUGGAGCCGGAGAUUUUCCACCUUAAUCCGGCAAAAAGCGACACACAGAAGUUUAGGAGGCUCAUCCGCCUUGUACCCUCCUCUCUGUCCUGGUAUGGGGCGUACAUGGUAAAUGCAUACCCCUUAGACAUGUCACAGUAUUUCCGUCUCUUUAACUCCACCCGCCUGCCGCAACUAAACAAGGAUGAACUGGUGACGGAUGAGAAGGGAAGACAUGUCCUGGUGCUCAGGAGGGGGAACUUCUAUGUAUUCGAUGUAUUGGACAGAGAUGGGAACAUAGUGAAAGCAUCGGAAAUUCAAGCCCAUCUAAAACACAUCCUGUCGGACCCCAGCCCAGCUCCUGAAUACCCCUUGGGGUAUCUGACGAGUGAAGAGAGAAACACGUGGGCACGUCUAAGGCAGAAGCUUGUAGACAACAGGAACCAAGAGGCUGUGAGUAAAGUAGAUUCUGCUGUGUUCUGUAUGUGCCUGGACGACUUCCCUGUACAAGACCGCAUCCAGCUAUCGCACAAUAUGCUUCACGGUUCCGGCCUGAAUCGCUGGUUUGAUAAGUCAUUCAGUAUCAUCAUAACAGAGGACGGAACGGCGGCUGUGAACUUCGAGCACUCGUGGGGAGAUGGAGUCGCUGUUCUACGGUUCCAAAAUGAAGUUUAUAAGGACAGCACGGAGCGACCAGCUGUAUCUCCGCAGAGCACCCCAGCUGCCGUGGACUCCAGUCAGGCUGUGCAGAAGCUGAGCUUCAACCUGGACGAAUCGCUGAAAGCCGCAGUAACUAAAGCCAGAAGUGCGUUUGAGGCAGCAGUCAGCUCACUGACCAUAGAAACCAUGGAAUUCAAGAGAGGAGGGAAGGAGUUCCUGAAGACCCAGAAGCUGAGCCCUGACGCCGUAGCGCAGCUCUCCUUCCAGAUGGCAUUCCUGCGGCAGUAUGGGCAAACCACCGCCACGUAUGAAUCCUGCAGCACCGCGGCCUUCAAACAUGGGCGCACAGAGACCAUCCGACCAGCCUCGGUGUAUACCAAGCAGUGCUCCGAGGCUUUUGUGAGACGUACGGCUAACGCAGCUGAACUCCGGGCAAUGCUGAACGAGUGCUCCAAGUAUCACGGGCAGCUGACCAAAGAGGCGGCAAUGGGUCAGGGGUUUGACCGUCACCUCUUCGCCCUGCGAUACCUGGCAGCUGCCAAAGGCAGAUCUAUUCCAGAGCUCUUCCAGGAUCCAGCCUACGCCCGGAUUAAUCAUAACGUCCUGUCUACUAGCACCCUGACCAGCCCAGCUGUGCAGCUUGGGGGCUUCGCCCCGGUGGUCUCUGACGGAUUUGGGGUGGGCUAUGGCGUACAUGAUGACUGGAUCGGUUGCAAUGUGUCUGCGUAUCCAGCUCGCGACGUGAAGCAGUUUGUGCAAGCUGUGCAUCAGUCCUUGGAGGACAUUUUCAAAGUACUGGAGGACAAGUCUGUGACCAAGUAGAAGAUCCGCCAAGAGCUGGACUGCGAGCGAUCUUGGUGCCUUCUGAUGUAAUUGCUGCAGUCUGAGCUUAGUUUAUGCACAGGUUCCGGUGACGUUUGUGCACUGAGUCACAGUAACACACAGGUUCCGGUGACGUUUCUGCACUGAGUCACAGUAACACACAGGUUCCGGUGACGUUUCUGCACUGAGUCACAGUAACACAGGUUCCGGUGAUGUAACCUGACCUAUACGCCUUAUUGGGAAACUACCAACAUUAAGUUUCUGCUCUUGAAUGACUUGUUAGGGAAUAAGCCUCACACCUCAGGGGAAUAGAAUUAAUGGAUAGAAAUAAUAAUUCAGUGGAAGCUGUACACCUGUGUCCUACGCAGAAGGGAGACUGAGACGAGAGAACGUUGAUGAGAUUGCAGACUGUCCACUUACCCCACCCCGCCACCGCCGUGCCUCAGUGAUAUCAGUUACUGGUGAAUGUUGAUUUAUCCCCUAUGAAUAUCAGCCUCCUCCCGCCCCUAUGAAUGAGAGGAAUUUACAUCACAUGCAUAUCUGCGGUGUGGGAUACUGUAAUGUUAUGGUUUAAUAAAGCAAUCCGGAUAUCCUGCCAUGUAGCAGGCACCAUUAUAAAUCAUA